AUGAGCAGCAGAUCCAAACUGUCGAUCUACUCGGCGGUCAAUAUAGAUCUGGCGCUGCUUUCGGAGUUGCAAAAUGUCGCCGAAUUGGGUGUCUUCGACGAUCUCUCGCCCCUCCUUACAUUUAUCCGCAAGGGCCUUCUUUUGAAAGUCCUUCUGAAUUUUGCUCAUUUCGUCUCUGUAACAGAUAUUCCAAAGAUAGCUCAGACAACUUUAAGACUCGCCAAGGUGCUUGAAGUGGUCAAUUUCAUUUUGCAUGAGGUCCCAGCUGACAGUGUCACUUCAUCCCAGGCAAAAGCUAAGCUUGAGUUACUCGAGGAGAAGGACAAAAUCACCGAAUUCUACGCUGAGAUAAUAAGAAAUAAUCUUAAGUCAUUCUACAAAAUAUUCUCGCUCAGAAAACCGUCAGCAAUCAAUCCUAGUCUUAGGAUACUUAUUUCCCUCGUUCACUUCAAAAACCACGCUCUCUUUGCAGAUCUUACAGACUCGUUUGACUUCAACCAUUCCUCGCUUAUGAAGCUUCUUAUACCAACAAAAGACGAUUUUGAGAGAAAAAUCAUUAUUGAUAGGUCGAUGCGGUUUCAUUUUAUGGACUUUUUAUUGGCUGUGGCCGAGACAACAUCCCCAAUGCUUCGCAAAGCUCUAUUGACAAACUUCAAAAUCAUGAACAACUUUUGGAAGUACAUUGAGAUGGACAAGUACGAAAAGCUUAUCGCGGUCAUAAACUUCAUUGACAAAUCGGUCUUGUCUGAACCUCUCCUUCGACGUGUUACCAAGUGUCAGAUCUUGAAUGAGAACUUUUUAUUCAAGUUCAGCUCUCUCUUUGCAUAUGUGAAACCUGAGAAUACUCGUGAAGGUGAAGAUGAUGACGACGAAUUCGAAAGAUUCAAAUCAUCUUUUACUGCCCUUAUGAACACCUUGGUGACAGACCAGGACAAGGGUAUUACCUUCCCCAUCAAUGAGUUCGGCUCUCCGAUCACCGUUCAUAAUAAAGAGUUCAAAAUCAAUAACAAACUCAUUUAUACUCUCCUUACUGCAUUGCGUCCUUGGGAGUCUUAUAACCAACUACAGUAUGUGAUGACCAUCCUCAACCAUAACACAGAGUUGGUGCCGCCAUACAUGAACUGGAUCGUUGCUAGCUCUGGAGGCUACCACGAUCCUUCCUUGUCCUCAUACUGGAUUGGCCACACUUUGUUGUACAGUGAGAUACUUAAAUCGGAGGUACUUCCUGCGAAAGUUGAUUAUAUCUCGUUACCUCCUUUGUCUUCCACGUCUCUUGCCGAGUGUCUUUCUUACACAAAUGACUUGGUCAAGCAGCUUGCAUUGCAGCUAAUUUUGCUUAUGCUUAAUAAGCUCAAGAAGAACAAGGCUGGACAAUCCCUCAUAGACGCAGUAUUGAGUAACUUGCCUUCCCAGGCGUCAUACUUACCACUUCUUGCGCAUGAAAAUGACCUCAUCAAAUUUACAGCAACUACCAUUGUUAGAACUUAUGAGCGGUUGGCUCCUGCCUCAUCAUCAGCAGCUAUAGUGGCCGCCGUGAAAGAGAGCUUGGCCAAGCUAGAUUUAGACAAGUGCACCAAGAAAGAUUUGGUCUUACUUGAUAAUUAUCUCUCAAUUCAGUCAAACAAUGACUUGAAAUGGUGGAGUAAGCUGCAAAAUGGAAGAUCAUUUUUCACUUCCUUGCUUAAACUUUCCAAGAUUGAGUUCCUUAGACCGAAGGCACUUGCAAUCCUAAUCAAGCUAACAUCUUCAACGAUCAUUUUCAAUGAUUCCAACCUCAUCGAUUCGCCAUUGUAUGCGUUGAUUGAAGCUACUUCGCUGGUCGUUACAUCGUCUUCAGCCGACAAACUUUGGAACUGUUUAGAUGAAACCAUCUCUAGAGCCAUCAAAACUCCUUACAAAUACCUCGAUAAGUCGCAUUUGGAAUAUUCAGACUUGAGUGUCUUCUUCGUCGUCCUUUUAGACCAGUUCAAAUUUAUACCUGACUACGAAAAGGACAGUGUCCUUUUAAACUGGUUAUCUCAAUUCUUGACUGAUUCCGUUAUUUUAGGUGAGCCGGAAGGUGCUAUGGAGAAUAUAAUCAAGAGCAGUGAGAUCCCGGUCAAACUCAAGCUUAGGUAUGUCAAACCAAAGAAUAAUUUGACCAAAAAGUUUGAUUUUGCACAGGAACUAUACUGUUUCAACAAAGACAUAUCCAAUAGUGUUGGUGACCAAAAAGUCUUCGAUCAUGUCUCGAAGCUUGGAAACUAUCUCAUGAGCUCAGGGUUAUCUGAUAAAGAGCUUUUCUCUUUUAUCACUGACCCAAGACAUUGGUUCUUCUACGAAGCAUUCCUUUCAGAAAUAAAAAGUGAUACGCUUACUUUGGCAAUCUCUUUAAUGGCAGAGCUCUUCAAGCAGCUUGAGACCGAUUUCACAAAAUCUAAGCUCAACAUUUUCUUGUAUGGGCUAGCAACGAAGAAGACAUCACCUGCAAAUCAGAAACUUUUGUGUAAAUUUUUGUGGAUAUUUGAUGAUGAUCAGCUCGUGAAGAUUUCCCAAACUCUCGAUAAUGAAUAUCUUGUUGUUGAGGCACUCAGAAUAAUUGCCGACAAAGAGCUUCAAGUGUCGCUUGAUUUACUAGCAUUGAGCAACAUUGCACAUCCCGACAUCAAGUCUGUUCUCUCACGAUUUGAGCCUUCAACUGAGCAAUUGGAGGCGAUCAUACGAAAAAGGGAAUUACAUUACCUUCUUGAAAAAGCCAGUGGUCUGCUUGUGGCACAGUUCAUUCAUGACAGCGAUGUUGAAGACGAUCUCUUGUACAGAAUAGCUUCCGCAUCUAAAGAGACUAUCCUAAAAUUCCAAGCUCGAGUAUCGAAGCUUGCAAUGAGCAUGCGAAACAGAGAUUGGUCCAUUAAAAUUUUCACAUUAUGUCCUGAAAUAUUCGAUCAGGAUGAAAUCCUAAGGCUUUUGCUCCUGGAAUUCGAGGGGGAGACCAAAUUAGGAUUCUCUAAUGACUUCAUCGAUGCUGUUGCAGCUAUAGCAAAAUCCAGCAUUGCCGCUGUUCGAAAGCAACUCGACAGAUUUACCGUCUGGUUCCACAAAUGUAUGCUCUACAUCACGAAGAAACUCGCUGAAACGCUAACCUUGUCAUCGACUUUUGCGAGAUUUCUUAGGUCUGUUGAGGGUCUCUUGGAGGUUCUUGAGCACCCGUGGCGCAUGUGUCCGGCCGCUAUUCUCAAUGCUCAGCUCGAAGUAAUUCUUCUUCAUGAAAAGUGGGUUCAGUUGGAAGAAUGUACCAGAUAUGCAAACAAAUUGCUAUUCUGUUCAGAGUCAAGUGGGGUACUUGGUGAUAAGUUGCUACAAAUCUAUAUCAAUAAUCAUCUGAACCCAUUGAAGAAGCUUCCACAGAACACUGAUGCUGCUUUGCGAUUCCAGAGCGCCUUGUUGCUCCACAGGCUAUUUCAGUACAACAUUAAGAAAGCUUCAUUAGAAGCAAUCACCGAUCAAAUUUUGGAAAUGUACCUCGGUUCCACAAGAGCUGAAGACUUGCUCUUGAAAGAUGUAUUGAAACUGAUUGAAAAGAAAACAUCAAAGAGCUGGGUCGGCAAGGUAACAAGUUGGGACUUUUCCGAGAAUCUUACUCAAAGCGAAGUUGAACUAGUUGGCGAAGAGAGGUUGAUUAUCAGGGACAAGACAUCAAUGGUUGUAGCAUUGAAGAAGGCUUUUGUGAAAAACACUAUCGCAGCGCCAAUUAGGCCAGUCGACAUCCCCGAUCUGAGGAAGUUUUCGGACUAUGUGAACCUUUAUAAUAAUUGUUUCCAAGGUCCCUAUAAGCACACCGAAUAUGAUGCAGAGUUCCUCAUGUUAGUCAUCUUAAACAAUGAGGAAUUGAUGAUAGAGCAGGAGGGCUCAGUCUCCUUCAGUUUGAAGAGGCUCAUUGAAACAAAAAUAUUUCACAUCUUUGUGUUGAAUUUGUCCAAUCCUAAGCUCAGAGAUGUGUCCAGAAUCGUCUUGAAUGGUAUGUGCAAAUUCAUUCAGAAGCAGGAUAAUGGCUAUAGAGACAAGAACAUCUUGUUGAUAUACUUGUCAAGUAUCUUGCACACUUUACGAGUAGCAGAUCAUCAAACGCCGCUUGUGUGGUACAUUGUCGGAUCAUUUGCCGAGAUCAUCAUCAACCCUAGUCAUUUCCUUUACGAACGUGUGAUACGAUUCAUUUUGACUACGCCCGUUUAUAAAGCUUUCGAAAUCCCUCUCUUCCAUGUCAUCUCGAACGGGACCUCAAACGAUGAUCUUGAAGAAGACAAUUACUACAAGCAGAUUGCCUGGUUGAUUGAAGCCUUCAUCGAAGGUACGAAGAAUGAGGAAGAUCUCAGUGCUCUUCGGCUUAAAGGUGCCGUCGAGUGGGCGCUUAAUCUCUCGAACGCCAAAUACGUUACUGGUCAUUUGCGCCAUAGAAUAUACCGCUUCAUUUACCGAAUUCAGAGUGUCUGUCGUGAAGGAGGAGACAUGUUAAUCACAAAAUUCGCAGGGCUAUCUUCUUUGGAGGCCAACAAACUAGCGUUACCAAAGUCUUUCUCUGGCGAACAGUUAGCUCUCAAUAUCGACCAGCUCGGCGUCAGAUUUGGAAUCCUCUCCCAAACCAAGCGCCUUCGUGAAUGGGCCUCGGAUGAUCAAAUCAGAGCAGUGAAGAGAAUACGCACCCAGAAUUAG